AUGGACCGCUACCUUCUCUUCAUGAGCUGGCGAGGCGAGGGGGGACCCGAAGGCCCCUCAGGUUUGACAGCUGCCGGUAUUUAUGACUUACUGGAGAUAAACUGUAAUGCCUCUGUAAAUGCAGAACUUGAACAGUUCCCUGCAUGUUCACUUGCUGGCGCUCCAGAUGUGAGGGAAUGGUAUUUUGCAAUUCAGUCAAUAUGUGGAUUUUAUCAGUUCUGUAGUACUGACUGGGAAGAGAUCAGCUUUGACCUACUGGCAGAUCAAAGCAACGACUCUGUUCGAAGAUAUAUUGAAGAAUGCCUCGGUGGUGAUCAAAAUAUUGAUAAGGAAGACAGUAAUAGCAGAGAAGCCAUGUCAGUGACUGAACUCUAUGAAGAAUCUGCUGAGAAUAUACAUCAGUUAGCAGACAAGCUUCCUGCUCCUGGAAGAGCAAUGGUUGAUGUAAUAUUGCAGUCUUCGGAAAGAGAUGCCCCAAGGUUAAAUGACUGUUUACCAGUUAUUGGUGCCUUGAAACAUCUGAGAGAAUGGCAUGCAGCGAAAAUCACUAUUGUAGCAAAGGAAGGCAAGACAAGUUGGCAGAAAAUUGCCGAUUAUCUGUCUGCACAUAUUGUGGCUCCUGAAAACCUAAACAAUAGUAUUGAUCCAAGAGAACUAUGGAGAGGAAGGAUUCAGAUAUGGGAGCAAAAGUUUGGCUCUGAAAUUACCUUUCCAGAUUUCUGUAUAAGAAGUACUACAGCGGGAAGGCUAUUCAGUACUUUGUAUUUUGACAAAACUGAACGGACAAAGAGUACGAAUGCUCGCUUGCCUAAGGUUUUCCUUUAUUAUAGUCCUGCAUUGAAAUUUGUACAGAUGGUACGGCUGUCUGAUAUGCCUUCGUGUUUCGUGUCGGACCUUCACUUUGAUCUAAGCUUGGCAAGGACCAGUGCCAAAGACAAGUCUAUGCUCUUUUGGAGUCAGAUGUCUUCCCUGCCUGGAAAGGUUGGAGCUCUGUUUGUAUUGCCCUGCAGUGUGAGUGGAAUGUUGAUACCUUUGCCUACCCAAUUAAGUACAAAAAAAUGGAAGGAGUAUAUAGCCCAGAAACCUAAAGUCAUCAGUGUUCCAGAAGUUGAACUAAAAGGAGAGACUUGCAACAAUUAUUUCUUAGUGCAGGGUGAUGGCUGUGGAGGCUGUAAAGCAACAUUGAUCUAUUCAGCCAAUCAGAUAAAUGGCUCAGUCGGCCUUGCUGAAACAAUUGGAAAACGGACAAUAAACACUGAGGAAGCUGAAGAAAGUAUGGCUGAAGAGAUCAUUAGAUCUCUUCCAUUUGUCAGUGGAGAACAGAUCCUACAGAGGGAGAAGAAACUGGCUUGUAUCCAGGCGUUAGCUUUGAAUCAAUGCCUAACCAAACCAUCCCUGAUUGUUUCAGCUGAGGAACUGAAAUGCAUGUUAACACGAACCAGGGAACGUUUUUUAGAGUUGUGGAAUGCUAGCCUUCCCAAGAGUGAUUGUCCAAUAACAGCUGUCAAAAACAAAGGUCACGGGACAAGUUGUGAAUCGGAGCUGAAACAUUCAACUCCUUUGGAGUGGCCAGAAAGAAAUGUCCUCCAGAACUUAGAAAAUUUCGAAAAAACGAAGCAAAAACCAAGAAUUUCCGAGCAGCUGUUGGGGCGCAAAGAUAGCCAAAAGGAGUCAACAACAUCACUUGAUGCUAAAGAGCUUUUGAAAUUUUUCACUCCAGAAGGGCAGCCGGUUGGGAACCUUCAGCCUUUGCACAUUCAGAAAAGUGAAAAUGCUUUUCUUCUGACACCAGAACUUACACCUGGAAAAGUGAGAAGUUUGCCUUUUGAAAAAGCUGCUGGGUGCCAUUAUCACGGCCUUGAAUACUGCCUGGACAACAGAAGAGCUUUGGAAAGAGACGAGGGGUUUGCCGAACUUCAGACUCGCCUGAUCCGCUACGAAACUCAGACUACUUGCACAAAGGAGUGCUGCCCCGUGCCGUGUGUCCUGAGCCCUCUUCCCUCUCCUGCUGUCCUGUCGGAGCCCGGAAGCAUCCCGGAUGGGGAAUCUUUACGAAGGGACCAUCACACGGACGUCUCCAAGCUAAAAUGCAGAUCAAGGGACCAGGAUGGCUUCUGUUCCAAGAAGAGGUUAAUGAAAUCCGAAAGUACAGAUUCUCUCUUGUCCCAGGCAAGUGGAAGCAGCGGUGCUUGCCGAUCAAGAAGUGCCACAAGGCAGGACUUGGACAGAUCGAUCUCCCUGUCUUCUGUGGCCGCCAAACCAUCUUGUAGCAGGGCACACAAAGUCACCGCAAAGGACAGCUCUGCAAGCUGGAGGGGCACGAAAGAGCCAGAAGCAUCAAAGCCAGCAAAGGAAUCACGGUCUCAGAAGCACACCCGGAUGCUGAAGGAAGUGGUGAGUAAAACCCUCCAGGCACAUGGCAUUGCUGAAGACCACAAGUGCUUCACUACCUGCAGCCAGCGUCUCUUUGAGAUAUCCAAGUUCUAUUUAAAGGAUCUGAAAACAUCUCGGGGACUCCUGGAUGAAAUGACUAAAGCUGCAAACAGCAAUGUUAAACAGGUGAUUGAAUGGGUUUUGGAAAAGGCCACCAAGAAGUGACACAUGACAGAGACCUCGACGGUCUGCAGACAGACAGGGUUCGUUAAAUGGACACGUCGCACGGAAUGCCUUGUUACAGUAGAGCC